AGAUGCGGUUGGCACAAGCGAUACUAGCAGCCACGUUUCUUGCGAUUUCAAAUCAACAUGAAAUAUCAAAAAGAUCCAGUGAUGGUGAGAAAAAAGUUGUUUGUUAUUAUACAAACUGGUCAGUAUAUCGCCCGGGUACAGCGAAAUUCAACCCCCAAAAUAUAAAUCCAUACCUGUGUACUCAUUUAAUUUAUGCUUUUGGUGGCUUAGACAGAGAAAAUGGACUUAGGCCCUAUGACAAAUAUCAAGACAUAGAACAAGGAGGGUAUGCUAAAUUUACUGGUUUGAAAACCUACAACAAGCAGUUGAAAACUCUCCUUGCAAUUGGAGGAUGGAAUGAAGGUUCUGCAAGAUUUUCACCUCUAGUUGCCGAUGAAGAAAGGAGAAAGGAAUUUGUAAGAAAUGUUGUAAAAUUUCUUAGGCAAAACCAUUUUGAUGGACUUGAUUUGGAUUGGGAGUAUCCAGCAUAUAGGGAUGGAGGAAAGCCUAAGGAUAAAGAAAAUUAUGCUCAAUUAGUACAGGAGCUUCGUGAAGAAUUUGAAAAAGAAUCAUCAAAAACUGGAAGGCCUAGGCUUCUCUUGACUAUGGCAGUACCAGCUGGAAUUGAAUACAUUGAUAAAGGCUAUGAUCUACCCAAACUCAACAGAUAUUUAGAUUUCUUUAACAUACUCUCAUAUGACUACCAUUCUGCCUUUGAGCCAUCAGUGAAUCACCACUCACCUCUAUAUUCCAUUGAAGAAGAUUCCGAAUAUAAUUUUGACUCUCAGUUGACCAUUGAAGCCACUAUAAAGCACUAUCUAAUGAAAGGAGCUGAUGCAGAAAAACUUGUGUUAGGAAUUCCUACAUAUGGUCGUUCAUAUACAUUGUUUAACCCUGACUCUACCGAUCUUGGGUCACCAGCCGAUGGACCCGGAGAACAGGGUGAAGCUACAAGAGAGAAGGGCUAUCUUGCUUACUAUGAGAUUUGUAAUAAUAUAAAAGACGGAUGGACUGUAGUUCAACCUAAAGAAAGUGCAAUGGGUCCAUACGCUUACAAAGAUAAUCAGUGGGUUGGUUACGAUGAUGAAGCUAUUGCUAGAAAAAAGGCAGAAUAUGUGAAUCAGAGAAAUCUGGGUGGUAUUAUGUUCUGGUCUAUUGAUAACGAUGACUUCCGAGGUAAAACGAAUAAAGUUGGAAAGAUUAAAACAACAGCCAGGACAACUACAACUCCUUCUCCUCCACAGUCCAACACUACUCCUGAACCUCCAACAACACCAGACCCAGGAAGUGACUUUGUUUGUAAAGAUGAAGGGUUCUUUCCUCACCCAAGGGACUGCAAGAAAUAUUUCUGGUGCUUGGACAGUGGACCUUCAGAUCUUGGCAUAGUUGCUCAUCAAUUCACCUGUCCUUCUGGACUUUUUUUCAAUAAAGCCGCAGAUUCUUGUGAUUUUUCUAGAAAUGUAAUUUGCAACAAAAAAUCUGCAACCACGACCACAACAACUACAACUGUUACCCCUAAAACAACCAAGGCAAGCCCUGGUAAAAUAACACUUCCACCGAAAACCACAUCUCUGCCAAGAACUACUACUACUACUACCACCACAACAACUGAAGCCCCUAUUGAAGAGGAAGAGGAGGAAGAAGAUAGAGAUAAUGCCGAAGAUCCACAAGCAAUCAAGCAGUUGAUAGCAUUGAUUAAAAAAUUAGGUGGUGUGGCUGAACUUGAAAAACAGUUAGAAGCAAGUUCUGGCACCGAUUCAACACCUCCCCCUAUCAGCAAGAGUCUUUAUAGGAAAGUGCUUAAUUCUGGCACGUCCAGAUACCAAAGCAUUCAAAGAAAUGGACCAUCUGGGCCUCAAAAUGAAGGUCUACCCCGUGAGUCACCCAGAUCUUCAUUCCGAAGGGACAAACCACAAUAUGUCACCAUUAGAAGAGAAAGGCCUAGCACCACUACAGAAAGUGCUGAUAUAGUUUAUGCAGAAGUUGAGGAUGAUGGUGGUGUUGAAGAAGAAGGGGUUAAAUAUAAGACAAUAAAUCGAAAUCGAUUUGGUCAAAACUCUGGUGCAUCUGAGACAGAAAAACCAGAACGACCAAAGUACCAACCUUCUGAAAGAUUUAGGUCAAAGCAUCGGAAUGAAGAAGCUCCAAGAAACGAGGAAAGGUCGACUACAUUGAAAUAUACAAGUAUUUUAAGAAGUCGUCCCACUACUGCAGAUUCUUCUUCUACUACAUCCAAGUAUGUUACUCUUCAACGCCAAAGAACUCCCAAUCCUCAUGCUGAAGAGGAUGUGGUGACUACAGAGAAUGAGCUCAAUGAUGAUGAGGAGGUAACCGAACAUGUUAUUGAAACAACAACCCCACGCCCUCGAGUGAAGGUGAGUGAUGAUGUAAUCCCUACAACCAUCACUAUACCUACAUCCACCAGGGUUGUGACUCAGGUUGUUGAAGGGGCAACUCGGCGACAAAGAGUUCCCCUCUCAAAACUUAGGAACCUUAUUAAGGAUUUGGAAAAUUCAGUAGUAGAUUUAUACAAUGUAGAAAACAAAUCUCUCUCAACAGAAGAUGAAACCAUAGAAAGACCUCUCUUACAUGGAUUUCACCUCAGAAGGCCUGACAUAAGUGUCACAACCACAGCCAGAGCAACUCCUGCUUUUCUUUCUCAAAAAAGAUUCAGGCUAAGAACAACUACAGAACAAUCUGAGACUUCUUCUAGAGGACAUUUUGUUCCCUCAAAAGCUAGAAUCAGGACUACAGAGUCUAAUCCUGCUGAUACACAUUCACUUUCACCAGCACAACAAACAGAAAAUAGUGAAGAGCCUUCAGAUAAAGGUGGAAGCGACAUUCGUUUAUUUAAUACUGCAAGAAAAAGGUAUCCACUCAGUAGUCGAUUUCCUUUGAGAAGAAAACCCAAUGAAAAAUUGUAUAACUUAACAAACAUUAAUAGUCGCCCUAAUUCUGAAGAUGAAGAUGAAUUAUUUGUCAAGGGAGAUUCUCGUGAUACUAAUGUAAUAAGAAAACCAAUUUUCAAACCACGAUUUCCACCAAGGAGGGGGCCUACUACUCCUAGUCACAUAUCUUCAACAACUACAUUGCCUACCUCUGACGAAAUAGUAACAGAGCCAAGAUCAACGACUUCAUUGUCCUUGGAUGAUUCUACAUUUGAUGAGUUAUAUCAAACAGGAAGUACCAUUAAUGAUUUAUUAAGUGAUACCUUUUCCGAUAAAACUAAAGUCAAUAAUGUUGAAUCAAAAACUGAAGCUGAUUUAAGCUUAGGUGAUAUAGUUACUGAAUCAAUUUUAAAAGAAAUUACAACUGAUUCUGACUUAGAAACUACUACAAAUUCCAGUGAUAGUUUUGAAAUGAAUAAUUCUUCAGUUUCAACACCUAAAAACGUAAUUAGAAAUAGGUUCCCAAGUUAUUUAAAUAUAAAUAGAAGAUCAACUACUACUCCUACUCCAGAAGCAAAAACUCUUGACUUAAUCCCUAAGAAAAUAAAAGAAGGAAGGCGCUUUGAAAAUCGAGAUGAUGAUAAAACAUUUACAGUAAAUAAAAACAUAGGUACAGGGCCAGAAUUAUCUGGAAAAAAGAAAGUAAUUUUGCGCAGAAGAAAACCAUCCAUUGUAAAUUCAACAGUGCCCAUUAAUGAUAAUGCAGUAAGAAGUAAUAGAAACAGCUUAGUAAUAAGAAGGAAAAUAUCUCAACAAUAUGAUUAUUCUGUGGUUAAUAGCACCAAUAAUAUCUUGGAAACUAAACCUUCUCGGAAACCAUACAUUUUAAAACGAGGUAGGAAAAAGUACGCAGAUAAUGUUCAGAAUGACGAUACAUCACAACUCAUAGAUAAUUUGGCCUCUUCUUCAAAGGAGGGUGUUAAUUUAAAAUUCUAUGUAAACAAUCAAAGUACAUCAAAUCCUGACUCUCUGCCUACAAAUACUUCUUCAAUUAAACAUAAGAGAAUAAUUAUCCGAGGCAGAAAAAGAUUUAAUGCAAACUUAAAUGUUACAAGAUACGAUAAAGACAAUGUAACCAAAGAUUUAAAUGACAUUAAAUUCUUUGAUAUCCAAAAGAAUAAUGAAACAGAAAUUUCUCAAGUAAAUACAACUAAAAAUGGUGAAGAUAUCCUUAAGCAUAAACACAAAGUUCGCAAAGUUAUUCUUAGAAAACCUAUUAAAGACCUUGAAGUUGAAGAAACUGGAUCACUAGAAAAAGCAGGGCUUUUUAAAAAUACUAACCCUCUAAACAGACCAAGUCAAAUUAAAUUAGCCAAUGUGGCAUCUAAUGAUGACUUGAAUGUUGACUUUAGUGAAGACGUCAUUCAAACAAGUAGAGGCGAGCAAGAGAUUCAGACCAGAACUCGGCGACCGUUUAGAAAAACAAUUGUUCGCGCACAAACAACUUCCACUACUGAAGCACCCACCACUGUUAAGCAGCGUACAACCAUUGAAUCUCUAAGACAGCGUUUGAAUCGUUUCAAAACAGAGAGGAACUUCUCUAAAAAUUCAAUUACAUCUCCUAGCCCAUUUUCUAAAGAGUUUACAUCAGCAAUUUCAGAAAAUGUCUCACAAACCAGUAAACCUGUUAGGAAAGAAUUCAGAAAGUUAAUAAGACCAUUGCCCCUCGAUGACUCACAACUUGAUGCAAGCCACGAUGUUUCAAAGAACACACCUCAAAAUGAAAUUAGAACUAGAAAAGUGUCAAAACCAUUGGAACAAGUUACUGAAGGAUCACAGCUUUCUGAAGAGUACACUGAUGAAGAGCCAUUGGUACUUCCCGAUCUGGCAAAUGUUGCAGUUGCCGCAAUACAAUCUUUGGCUACAUCUUCUCCAAUACCAACCACUCAACAAUAUAAAUCAUCAACAACUGAAAGAACUACUCGGAAAGCUAUUGUACGAAAAAGACCAGCUGUUCGACCUACAGUUUCCACUCCACCUAAAAGUUCACCACGUCCAUUUUCAAAGAUUCAAUAUGAUGAAUAUGAUGAUUACUUUGCAGAGCCUGUCGAUGUGCCACUUUCUGGAAAAGUGAGGAUACAUAAUGAUGGCUAUAUAGAAUGUUUAGAUAUUGGAAACUUUCCUCAUCCAUUUUCUUGUAGAAAAUUUAUAUCAUGUGCUAAAAUGGAAAAUGCUAAUUUACUUGGAUGGGAAUACACAUGUCCAAAAGGAUUAUCUUUUGACCCUAUAGGAGGAAUAUGCAAUUGGAAUGCCGGACUCGGGUGCAAAGAAUAAUCAAUGACUGAUAAACCUAACUGUGUCUUGGUUUUUGUGUAAACUACUUUUUGUAGAUUUGUUUCUGUACCUGAUAGGGAAAUAAAUAAAUUCAUAACGUGAAAAUAUGACAAUGGUACAGAUGACUUUGUAAUAAUUCAAUUUCUAAACUGUGGGCGCGAUUGUAUAAAACAUCAAAGUAGCAAUCGGUUGUUUAGAAAUAUUAUUCUAUCAAUAGUUUCAUAUUGAAAAAUUCAAAAAGGUUUGUAAAUUGAAUUGUUAUAUCCUAGAUAAUUAAUUUUUGUUAAUGAACAGUGUACAUAAAAGAUAUUCGGGGCACAAUAUGAGGUAUUUGAUAAAUGCAGCAACCUUAAUUAUUUAUUUAUGUAUGUAAAUAUUUCAAUAUGAAUCAUUGGUGUUUAGUUGAAAUAUUUGUUCAUCAAUUAAUAGUUAGAAUAAAUAAGUGUAAAAAUUACUUUUUUGAGUUUUGUUUAUUCAGUUAGUUUAUUUUUCACUAGUCAAGUAUUAUUUAUUAUUAUAUUUAAACAAAUACAGUUUAAGUGAAUGCAAAGUGUAUUUUGUGAUGUAGGCAUUAAAAAGCUCUACAGUGAACAUAAUGUUGACAAUUUGUUUUUAAUAAUUUGUAAUCACAAAUAUAUAUGUAUCGAUUUAUACAUUUUCAUCAGUGAUGUAUGCAUGUAAAUAAAAAACAUUUUUUAUUAUGAUUCUUUUUUAG